UGCCAUUUUUUUUGUAAGCAACCGGACCUUUUCCGAUGUUACACACUCAACGAUUUCCAGAAACUAGCAAACUCAUUCAAGGCUUUGUGCAACACAAGGUCUCUUGUUCAAAGUUAAACAAUGUUCCUGACGAGAUCGGAAUAUGACAGAGGUGUGAACACAUUCUCUCCCGAAGGAAGGUUAUUUCAAGUUGAAUAUGCUAUUGAGGCUAUUAAACUUGGGUCCACUGCCAUUGGUAUCCAGACAUCAGAGGGAGUGUGUCUGGCUGUGGAGAAGAGGAUUACCUCUCCGCUGAUGGAGCCCAACAGCAUUGAGAAGAUUGUGGAGAUCGACAGUCACAUUGGUUGCGCAAUGAGUGGCUUGAUAGCGGAUGCCAAGACUCUAAUUGACAAAGCCCGAGUGGAAACACAGAACCACUGGUUCACCUAUGAUGAGACCAUGACAGUGGAGAGCGUAACCCAGGCAGUGUCCAACCUGGCACUGCAGUUUGGGGAGGAGGACGCCGACCCUGGUGCGAUGAGUCGACCAUUUGGAGUCGCGCUUCUUUUUGGAGGGGUGGAUGAAAAAGGACCUCAAUUGUAUCACAUGGACCCUUCGGGAACCUUUGUGCAGUGUGACGCUCGAGCAAUAGGCUCCGCAUCUGAGGGUGCACAAAGCUCCCUGCAAGAGGUCUACCACAAGUCCAUGACGCUAAAAGAUGCCAUCAAGUCAUCUCUCACCAUUCUGAAGCAGGUGAUGGAGGAAAAGCUCAACGCCACCAACAUUGAGCUGGCAACAGUGGAGCCAGGGAAGACCUUCCACAUGUACUCCAAAGAAGAGCUGGAGGAUGUGAUCAAGGAUAUUUAGAUGGUUUUCAGUGCGGGACGAGAGAACAGGAAGUACACCUGGCCUCAGAGUCGAGCAACAAAACACAACUUUCCAUCAGCACAUCCAGCUCCGCUACACUCAGAUGUUUUUCGGAUUGCAUCGGAGGUUUUGUCUGUGUGAUGUGCUAAUGGACUUCUUCCCUAUCGACGUCUGUUCAGAGCGCCAGGAAGAAAAUGGGGGGAGUUUUUUUUUUUUCUAACAAAUCAAUACUUCAAUUAAACCGUUGUAUUCCAUAACUAAA